AUGGUGUUUGAGCCUGAUGAUAAUAUGGUGUUUGAGCCUGAUGAUGAUAUGGUGUUAAAGCCUGAAGAUAAUAUGAUGUUAGAGCCUAAAGCUGAUAAUCUUGAUAGGUCAGAAUCUGAUGGUACAAAUAGAUAUGAAAAUUUACUUCAGUCUUCCACAUUACAAAUCAGUGGUCAAUUUUUAGUCAAACAAAAAAAGGUUGAAAGACCAGGUAAUAGUUCUGUAAAAGAGUUUAUGGAACGAAAUCAGUUGAUAAUCUUGAGUAUUGG